ACAGUCGCAAAGCAAAAUAGCUGACAUAUUAAUGAGGGAGGUCGCUGAAACCCAGGAGGGCUGGACAUUUAUGAAAGAUGUUGACAGAGAAAAAUGCUGACAGUCAGUUGGCAGAGAAUCAGAGUCAAUGUUAGAGCCAAGCAAAUACGUGCUGCGUCACAGUCCUCUGUAUGAAGGGACGACCAUCCAACUUUUUAAGUGGAAAGAAGACCCAACCCUUACCACCAGAACCAUUGAAGCCUGCAAAAUUUCAGGAUGGAUUUCGCAUGUCAAGCAGUUUAUUUCCUUUUCUUCUUUGCUACGGUGACCAGUGACUGUGUGACUCAGUUUUAUGAAAACACCUUCUUUAAAGGAGGAGAUGUGGGUGCGGUGCACACCCCAACUGCUGACGACUGCCAGAGAGUAUGCACCUUCCACCCCAGGUGUAUACUGUUUAGCUUUCUACCUGCAAACGCCAUUAAUGAUGAGAACAGAAGGUUUGGCUGUUUCUUAAAAGACAGUGUUACUGGAACUCUUCCAAGAAUGACUAGGACAAAUGCAAUUUCUGGGCAUUCUUUAAAAGAAUGUGUUUAUCAAAGAAGUGCUUGUAGCAAGGAGAAACAUGUAGGACUUGAUAUGAGAGGAGUGAAUUUCAAUGUAACCAAGGUGAACACUGUUGAAGAAUGUCAAAAACAAUGUACAAACCAUGCCCUCUGCCAAUUUUACACAUAUGCCACACAGACAUUCCACAGACCGGAGUAUCGAAACAUAUGUCUGCUGAAGCACAGCCAGUCAGGAUUCCCUGACACCAUCAAGACGCUGGAAGGCUUGGUGUCAGGAUUCUCCCUGAAGCCCUGUGGACUUUCUGAUAUGGGUUGCCAAAUGAAUAUUUUUCAACAUAUGUCAUUUUCUGGUGAAGAUGUUGGCAGAGUGAUUGCUCCGGAUCCUUUUGUAUGCCGCACUAUUUGCUCCUAUUAUCCAAAUUGUUUAUUUUUUACGUUCUAUACAAACACAUGGCAUAUAGAGUCACAAAGAAAUAUGUGUUUUCUUAAGACAUCAAAGAGUGGAAAACCAAGCUCUGGAAUACCACAGGUCAAUACCACCUCAGGAUAUAGUCUUCUAAGCUGCAAAGAUUUGCCUGAACGAUGCCAUUCCCAAAAGUAUGCUGGUGUGGACUUUGAAGGGGAGGAGUUGGAAGUUGUCUAUGUUAAAGGAAUUGAGGCUUGUCAAGAAAGCUGUACAAACAAAAUCCGCUGUCAGUUUUUCACGUAUACAUCCCACCAAGGAGAAUGCAAGGAAGACAAGUGUAAAUGUUCCUUAAAAAUAUCUUCGAAUGGUUCUCCAACUAGAAUAGUUUAUAGGACAGAAUGUACCUCUGGUUAUACUUUAAGAAUGUGUAAAACGCCAAGCAUCUCUGUCUGUGCAAAGAGAGCAAGUACAAGGAUUGUUGGAGGUGCUGGAUCUUCUUCACAAGAGUGGCCAUGGCAAGCCUCCUUACAAGUCAAACUGAGAACACAGAGUCAUGCGUGUGGAGGCUCAGUCAUUGGGAAUCAGUGGGUCGUAACAGCUGCCCAUUGCUUUGAUGACUUACCAUCACCUGAUAUUUGGAGAAUCUAUACUGGCAUUUUAAAUCAGUCAGAAAUCCAGGCAGCCACACCUUUCUUCAGGCCUAGAAAGAUUAUUAUCCACCCUCAAUAUAAAAUUUCAGAAACAAGACAUGAUAUUGCUUUAAUCAAGCUUGAAGCUGCCAUGAAUUUCACUGAUUUCCAAAAACCUAUCUGCUUGCCUUCAAAAGAAGACAUGCCUUAUACCACCUGCUGGGUGACUGGAUGGGGCUACACCCAGGAAAAAGGUACAAUCCAAAACACUCUCCAGAAGGUCAGAAUUCCCCUAGUCCCCAUUGAAGAAUGUCGGAAAAAAUACAUUCAGCAUAGAAUAACUGAUCAGAUGAUCUGUGCUGGUUAUAAAGAAGGGGGUAAAGAUGCUUGUAAGGGAGAUUCAGGUGGCCCCCUGUCCUGUUACCAAAAUGGAGCAUGGCAACUAGUUGGCAUCACCAGCUGGGGAGAUGGUUGUGCUAAAAAGGAUCACCCAGGUGUUUAUACCAAAGUGGCUGCAUAUGUGGACUGGAUUUUAGAGAGCACACAAAACUGACCAUCUCUCCUUGAUGAAGCUAGCUGAUUGUGAAUGGACCACUGAAGUGGCAUAAAGUCAAGAAUAGAAGAUGGUGACCUAAGUGGUCUGGAUAAUCCACAGACAGAGAAACAAUCAGAAACUGAAGGCUCAAGAGUUGGCUGCAGGAACACUUAACUCUGGCAAAAACAAACAGGAAUCUUGGAGAUUACAAUAAAUCAAGGACAAGAUGCCGCUAUCUCAGCCUCUAAUUGAGGUCUGGAACUUUGACCUAUGUUGUUUUUCAAUUAAAAAAUUAAAAAAA